AUGGUGUCCAAGGCUUUGAACAUUGGACUGCGGUCCUGGCAGUUCAUCUGCUCCAUCGUCAUCAUGGGCCUCGUCGGCAACAUGAUCGCCACAGCCUUCAAGGGCAACUCGGCGAUGGUCAACUACGACAUGUUCACGGCAACCUUUGGGCUGCUCUCCCUGCUAUACCUCCUGCCAACGUCGUUCCUGGAUGGUUAUAGCAUGCCCGUCGCCAACAUGGCGCUUGACACGCUCAAUGUCCUCUUCUGGUUCUGCGCUGCCGUCGCGACAGCCGCGUAUCUGCAUGUGCACAGCUGCAGCAACCGCGCCUACACCCUCUCCAACCACAUUACCAACGGCAGCCCCAACACCGAGAAGCGCUGCCGCGAAGCCCAAGCUUCGACCGCCUUCUUCUGGUUCGGCUGGGCCGCCUGGGUUGCCUCCAUGGUCUUCAGCGUCAUCGGUGGCCGCUCCUCCGGAGCCAACCUACGCGGUGGCAUUCGCCGCGGGCCCGCCAUGAGCCAGGUCUAG